AUGGCUGCGGCUGCGGCGGGUGGCUCGUCUUCAGCAGCCUGUGCCUCCGCCGCCGCCGCCGCCGCCACCGGCACCGGCUCGUCCUCCAAGCCUCCACCGACCCCGCCAACCCCCAGGGAGCACCCGGCGCCCCGCCACCCUCCGCAGCUGAGGAAGCGGGGCGACUCCCGCCGCCGACAGGCCGCCCUCUUCUUCCUCAACAAUAUCUCGUUGGAUGGCCGGCCCCCCAGCCUCUUCCCUGGCGGCGAGAAGCCCCCGCCUCAGACUCCGGAUGAGAGCGCGUCCGGGCAGGCGGCGGCAGCCGGGGAGUCCCCCGCCGGGCACCCGCUGCCUCCCUCCGCCGUCGGGCCGUCCCGUCCCGGGGCCCCCAGCGGGCCUCCCCCAGCCCCGGCCCUGCUCUUGCAGCUGCCCAAGGACAGUCCCCUGCCGCCGGCCCGCGGCGAAGCCGAGCCCCCGGGCUCCCGAUGCGGCGUCUUCCUGCCCCAGCUGCUGCUGCUCGGGGGUCAGCUGGGCUCGCCCGCCCCGCUCACCGCGCCCCCCUCUGCCGCUGCCGGGGCCGCGGCCGCCGCGGGCAUGUCGGUGCUGGGGGGCAAGGGCGCCCCCCCAACCCCGCAAGGGCUCCUCAGCCCCACGCAGACCAGCGCGGGCUUCACCUUGGAGGUCCAGCGGCAAAGAAGGCGUUUUAUCUCCCAGCGCUGUUCUCUAGAAUUUUUAGAAGACAUAGUGGAAUAUGCCACUGUACAAAGAACCAAACACAUAUCUGGAUCACCAAGACACAAAGGCUUGAAGAAGACUCAUUUUAUUAAGAACAUGAGACAGUAUGACACAAAAAAUAGCAGGAUAGUUCUGAUUUGUGCUAAAAGGUCCUUGUGUGCAGCAUUUUCUGUUUUGCCUUAUGGAGAAAGCAUUCGGAUCAGUGACAUGAAGACAGAAAGCCAGAAACAGAGGCAUCCAUCUGGUGGGGUUUCAGUGUCUUCUGAGAUGGUCUUUGUGUUGGAAGGAGUUGAGCUUGGUGCUGAUGGAAAGGUAGUAUCUUAUGCAAAAUUUUUGUAUCCUACAAAUGCCCUUGUCACACAUAAGAGUGAUAAUCACACUGCAGCAUCUCAGCCUCGAUCCAGUGUUCCACGGACUCUGCCUGGGUCAAGAUACAAAUCUGCAACAGCCAAAUCUGUGCCAUCAGGCACAGAAUUAGGGAGUGAGACAGGUGAUUCAAUAGAAUAUAAUCCUAAUCUCCUUGAUGAUCCUCAGUGGCCCUGUGGGAAACACAAGCGUGUUCUUAUCUUUGCAUCAUAUAUGACUACCGUGAUAGAGUAUGUGAAACCUUCAGACCUUAAAAAGGACAUGAAUGAAACAUUUAAAGAGAAGUUUCCUCACAUCAAACUUACGCUGAGUAAAAUAAGAAGCCUAAAACGGGAAAUGAGGAAUCUCUCUGAAGAAUGCAACCUCGAACCAGUUACCGUGUCAAUGGCUUAUGUUUACUUUGAGAAGCUUGUCUUACAAGGCAAGCUAAACAAACAGAACCGCAAACUGUGUGCUGGUGCUUGUGUGCUCCUUGCAGCAAAGAUCAGCAGCGACCUCAGGAAAAAUGAAGUAAAGCAGCUCAUUGAUAAGUUAGAAGAACGAUUCCGAUUCAACCGAAGAGAUCUAAUUGGAUUUGAAUUUACAGUGCUUGUGGCUCUGGAACUGGCCCUUUACCUUCCUGAAAACCAAGUUUUACCUCAUUAUAGACGUCUCACCCAGCAGUCGUAGCCAAAGCCGAGUUCUACCCAGUUGGCAGGAAGAUUUACAGAAUGCUUUGCUGCUGAAUGGCUUCCACUUCCUAUUAAUCUUUUGUGUGCUCCUAUUACAUCACAGCUUUCAGUUAGUUAAAAUGUAUGUUCUCAUAGUGGCAUAGUUGAGUAUUUGUUGGGUGAAAACUGGUUUAUUGGCACAGAAAGGAUUAUUUCCUUUAGACACUAAAGCACAAGUAAUUCAUGAUGUAGUUGUCACUGUGGCUGUUCUUUCUUCCUUUCAAAGGAUGUUAUGCUAUUGUUCCUUUAAAAGAUAUUUAUCUUGUUUUCUUACUUAUUCAUCAUUACUUUUCAUUCCAAAAUGUCAUACUUAAAAUGGUAUUUGAAAUUUUUCCUGCAUUUUUUUAUAUGAACUAAAUGCACACUUUUUUUUAAUGUGCCUGAAACUGGUCUGGUACCAGUCUUUUUCUUGCAUAAGUUAUAAAUUCUGAAAUUAUAUAGCAUUUUAUCCUUACCUGUAUUUGCCUUGCAUUCAGAAAAGAAUUCCACAACUGCAUUAGUAUAACAAUGGGAUCUGGAUUUCUAGAUCCUGAACAAUUGGUUCAUCGAUGAUGAAAUUACUCAUUUAAGCAUUAAUAUAUGGGUAAAGGGAUAGUUAAUAUUUUAGAAUGUUAAAUAUUGGGAAAUAUCUCAUCAUGCAGUCAUACUUGAUGAAGGUAAUUGCAGUCAACAGACUUGAGCUGCAGAAGUAAGUUGGCUGAAAGGGUUUCUGUCACUUCAGGAUGGACUUUGUCAUUGUUUUAAGUACCAAAAGCAAAGUACCUUUUUGACUACUUUUUGCAUGCAGUUCUCCCAGGUGUCAGCAGUUACAGUUUUUGCUGUCAAAUUAAGCCAGUGAAACAAGAUUUGAAGUUUUUUAAUUGUAUUUUUUUACUCGAAUUCUGUUCUUCCAAACAUCCUGCCACUGUGAUGUUCCUCUUGAAACUGGCAUGUUGCAUAUCCAAACAGGCACUUGUAAGACUUGAGUACAAUGCUUAUGACUGUCAUGGGCAGGAAAAUGACAUAUAACUCAAGUACUAAACAAAUGUUUGGAUAAAAUUUGCAACACUUUGGUCCUAUAGUAGUUACUUGCUGAUUAUUGGAUUUUGUUUUUCCUAAGCAAUAUUGUGAUUGAGAAAAUUGGUAUUCAUUUUGGUUUUUCCAAGCAAACAAAAAUAAUUGGAUUUUUUUGAUUAGGGAAUUUACUUAAGACCAACUUGAAUACCAUACCUUACUCUGGAAGACAAAGAGGGAAGUACUGUAAACUUAUUUUGCCUGUUUAGGCUACAUUAAAUAUUGUACACACAGUAUCAAAUUGUGUACACAAUUUUGUAAAGGCAUAGGUUAGACUUUAAUUGCUGCAAAUUUCAAAUAGUUGAUGUUAUGUCUUACACAGUAUAUACUACAGCGAUAUCAACUGGUUGUAAACUUAUAUUUUAUGAAUUUGUAUGCAACAUAUGAUCAGUAUUCAGGUCAAUCUUUAUCAAAUUAUGUCUCUGAAAAAUUAAUUCGCAUGAUAAACGUAGCUGAGUUCCACACAGUUGAAAAGCAUGCUGACAUAUAUGAGAACUGAAACAAGUUUCUUUAUGGGGAAAACUCAAAAUACUUGUUGCCAAUACGGUCUGGAAAUCAGGGCCAGGAUACUAGCCAGUCUUCUGUCCAAACAAUUUAGGCCUCUCAAGUGCUGGUGGCUAUUGGGCACAUUAGACACACAUUGAGGUAAAUUAACCCAGGUCCAAUCAAGCCUAAAUCUUUGAACUACAGGACUUGCACGCCUCAUCAUCCCUUCCUAGUUUUGUUUCUUUCAAACAUAUCAUACCAGACUACUAGUCCCUUAGUCUGUUUUGUUUAACUAGCUCCCAGCUGUUUAAAGAUUUCUGUUUUCUACUGAGGUUGUUACACCAUAUGACAUUUACAGGUAAUGAACUAGUUUGAUAGAGGCAGGGAUGGGGAACAAUCAGCAUGAAACAGGUAUAUUUAUCAUCUUGUCCAUCAAAAUCGUUUUUUGCCUGAUAAUACUACCAGUAUAGCUAAGGUAGUUUUGGAAUCAUCUACAGAUGAGUAUAUUAUGGAAGCUACAGAAAGUAUGAACUAUGCUAUGCUCAAAUACUUUUUAUGGGACAGUGUUUCAGUUUUUCAGUGAGCCAAUAACAAUCCUAUUUCUAUAAGCACCUUAAACUUAUUUUCCCCAUGAGGUUGUCCCUUUAUCCAUUUUACUAAGGAGCCAGCCUAAACUUAUUAAAGUUGUUACUUCAGUUUGGCUGGCCUAACUAUGAAAUUAUGUAUACCUACUGUGCAUUGAGUCUUCUAAAAAAUAAGUUAUAUGCCAUUGAAAUCUUGUCUCAAAAGGGUACUUAUAAAAUACAUGUUAAGCACUGUAAGGGUAUGAUUCCCAAAUAUUUGCUCUAUGGUUUACAACAUAUACUUUAGGUACUUUCCUCUAAACAUUCUGUAUGGCCAAUAGUGAAACUGUUGGCAAAUACAGUAAUUUAAGUUUAACUGUGUGUAUAUAUGUGUAGUUUUCAAUUUUAGCUGCCAAAUUGGUUUUAUGUAACCUAUUUGGCUCAAAAGCCUUGUUAUAAUAAAUGUACCCUUUUUAGUAAUAUAAAAGCUGCCACUGUGUGGUAGCACAGAAUUACUGCAACAAAGCCAAUAUUUAAACCAAAAUUAAGCCCUAAAACUUUUCAAGGAAAAAAUGUUGGAAUGUUUGAGCUGUCUGUGUUUAAGUAUUUGGGUUUGUGGCCAUAAUAUGUAGUGCUGCUUUCUUUCAGCACAACUGCACUAGGUUAAUGUAAAUUUGUGUAAACUAUCUAGUUUUAAAUGUCAUUGUAUUUGAGUCACUUGUAAUUGGUCUGUUUUCAGCAGUAAGAUGAUGAAUUCGUGAAAUUGAGAUGCUGUGAAAUAAAACUUGCUUUUGAUACA